GGAGCUGAUCGCACCGAGCGGGCAAGACCAUAGUGAUGGAUUCGAAAGCUACCUAAGUUCUCACCAGCGGACAGAACCAUUCGUGAUUUUGUUAAUGAGAGUAAACUCACAUCACCACGCGUUCCUUCGCAACUACACAACACCAUUUCUCGGACAUUGAGACACGCGAAUGAUGAGCCCUCAACGACGCCCAAACGAACCGAUUGCGGUGGUUGGUAGUGGAUUUCGAUUCCCUGGGGAGGCCAACUCUCCAUCCAAACUUUGGGAUCUACUGCGCGAGCCUCGUGACGUGCAGAGCACCAUUCCCGAGCAACGCUUCAACCCAGAGGGUUUCUUCCAUCCUAUCAACGACCAUCAUGGGACGAGCAAUAUUCGACACUCGUACUUUCUUUCCGAAGAUCAUCGACACUUCGAUGCUCAAUUCUUCGGCAUCAAGCCCGUCGAGGCGAACUCAAUAGACCCUCAACAGCGACUUCUGCUCGAGGUGGUUUACGAAAGCAUUGAGGCUGCCGGGCUAUCUAUGGACACUCUCCGUGGCUCUCCAACAGCUGUGUACGUCGGUCUGAUGUGCGCUGACUAUGCCGACUUACUUGGCCGCGACACAUCGUACUUUCCUACCUACUUUGCAACGGGGACCGCUCGGAGCAUCAUCUCGAAUCGCAUAUCGUAUUUUUUCGAUUGGCGGGGACCAUCGAUGACCAUCGACACUGCAUGCUCGAGUAGCUUAGUGGCGGUUCACCAGGCAGUACAGGUGCUAAGAUCAGGCGAAUCUAGAGUCGCUGUGGCGGCUGGAGCCAAUUUACUGCUAGGACCGGAGCAGUACAUUGCAGAGAGCAACUUGAAGAUGCUAUCGCCGGACGGCAGGUCGUACAUGUGGGACACACGAGCCAACGGCUACGCUCGCGGCGAAGGCAUCGCAUCCGUCGUACUAAAGACCUUGAGUGCAGCGAUAGCCGAUGGAGAUGACAUCGAAUGUCUCAUCGUGGAGACGGGUAUUAACCAAGACGGAAAGACGAAAGGCAUUACUAUGCCAAGCGCGACAGCGCAGGCUGCACUUAUCGAAGCGACGUAUAGGAAAGCGGGUCUCGACUUGAAGAAAGCGUCUGACCGACCGCAAUAUUUUGAGGCUCACGGCACCGGUACUCCGGCUGGCGAUCCAAUCGAGGCCGAGGCGAUCAGUACUGCCUUCUUCAAAAACAAUACUCCAACGCGCGUUACGAGCCCUCUAUAUGUAGGUUCCAUCAAGACCGUUGUUGGCCACACAGAAGGCACGGCUGGUCUAGCAGGGCUGCUCAAAGCCUCUUUGGCAUUGAAGCAUGGCUUCAUACCUCCAAAUCGGUUGUUCGAGAACCUUGCGCCUGCGGUGAAACCUUUCUACAACAAUCUAGAGAUCGCCACCAACGCCAAACCUUGGCCGGUGGUUGAGGACGGAUCUGCUCGACGUGCAAGUCUAAACUCGUUUGGGUUUGGUGGUGCAAAUGCUCAUUGCAUCCUUGAGUCCUACUCUCCCGAGCAGACCGGACAUGGGAAGGACGAACCUGUCUUUACCCCAUUCACUUUCUCAGCAGCGUCAGAAAAAGCAUUGACGACCAUCGUGGAUUUAUACUCCGAGUAUCUCAAGUCACACCCGUCAAUCGACCUUCGUGCUCUGUCGUAUACAUUGAGCAGUAGGCGAAAUGCUUUCCCGCUCAGAGUUUCGUUCUCAGCCAAAGAUGUAACUCGUCUUUGUGAGAAGCUGGACUUGUUUGCGGAAGGCAAAGGAGAAACACCAAUAGCCCCGGUAGCUGUGUCCACCAUACCGUUGCGCGUACUCGGAGUCUUCACUGGCCAAGGAGCUCAGUGGGCUGGAAUGGCCAGCAAGCUCAUAAGUGUACCUGCAGCUAUGAGGAUUAUCGAUGACCUUGAACGGAGCCUGUCUGAGCUGAAAGACUAUCCACCCGAAUGGUCGCUGAAAGCUGAACUUCUUGCGGACAAAUCCUCUUCCCGGAUCCUGGAAGCUGCUCUGUCGCAGCCGGCUUGUACGGCUGUACAGAUCAUAUUAGUAGACCUUUUACGCGCUGCCGGUAUCAGUUUCUCCGCCGUUGUAGGCCACAGUUCCGGUGAGAUCGGGGCUGCAUAUGCAGCAGGCUAUCUAUCUGCAAGCGAUGCGAUACGGAUAGCUUAUUAUCGCGGCGUGCACCUGCAAAAUGCUCGUGGUAAACAUGGAGAUGACGGUGCUAUGAUAGCUGUUGGCACAUCGUAUGAGGAUGCAAAGAAAAUUUGCAACCUUAGAAGAUUUCGCGGUAAAGUCUGCGUUGCGGCAAGCAACUCAUCUACGAGCGUCACCAUCUCUGGCGAUGGCGCGGCCAUACAAGGUAUCAAGGCUGUAUUUGACGACGAGAAGAAGUUUGCAAGAGUUCUGAAGGUUGACAAAGCCUAUCACUCGCACCAUAUGUUGGCUUGUUCGGAAGCUUACAUGGCAUCGCUUCGUGCUUGUGGUAUCAAAGCUCGUAGACCCACUCGUCCAGACUGUCUGUGGAUUUCCAGUGUCUAUCAACAAGACAUUAUAGAGGUUACGGACAACCUCAACGAUUCGUAUUGGAACAGUAACCUGGUCUCGCCGGUAAUGUUUUCUCAGGCGAUGGAAUACGCGCUGGGAGAAUCGCAAUACGAUCUUGCUGUAGAACUUGGACCUCACCCAGCCCUGAAAGGACCUGCCUCUCAGGUCAUUCAAGAGGCUCUUGGCGAGACUAUACCUUACACUGGACUGCUAAGCCGCAACUUAGAUGAUGUUGAAGCGUUUGCCAAUGGUCUUGGCUAUAUCUGGGCUACUUUCAAGAACAGUGUAGUCGACCUUGCUGGUUACGAUCGUUUUCUCAAUGCGUCCGAGCCACCCAAGCUACUUAAAGGUCUUCCGACAUAUCCAUGGGAGCAUCAGAGAGCCUUUUGGCACGAAUCAAGGAUUUCCAGGGCUUUUCGCGAGCGGCGUACGAACCACGAGCUUCUCGGCACCAGAAGUCCCAAUCACUCCACUAGCCAAUACUCCUGGACGAAUUACCUCAUCCCAAGAGAAAUGUCGUGGAUUCUUGGACAUAAGAUCCAAGGGCAGAUGGUCUUUCCCGCUGCUGGCUACAUGUCAACCGCUUUCGAGGCGGCGCGAGAGAUUGCGGCUGAGCAACCUAUGAAACUUAUCGAGUUGACAGACUUUGUCAUCGACCAGCCCUUGGUGUUCGAUACGGAGGAUUCCAGUGUGGAGAUUUUUGUCUCACUGACAGAUGUUCGCCACAAAGGCUCUGGCCUCGUGGCGAAAUUCAGCUACUAUUCUAUCGCCAACAAAGAGCCCGGCCCUAUGACUAUCAACGCGAGCUGUGAACUGCAUAUCACUUUUGGGGAAGCAAAUGCAGACACGCUACAACCACUUCCGGAACCCGAGUUCGCAAUGAUGGAGGUCGAGCACGAAAGAUUCUACAGCUCGUUCGCCACCUAUGGAUACGGCUAUACUGGUCCGUUCAAAGCCUUGACCUCUAUGGAAAGAAAACUUGGCGUUGCCAGUGGCCUAAUCCAAGUCCCUGAGGCAGUCUCUGAAAAGCGGCUUCUAAUUCAUCCCGCAGCUCUUGAUGCAGCUGUGCAAUCCAUCCUGCUUGCAUACUGUUUCCCGGGUGAUGGCCGCUUAGUGUCCAUUCAGCUGCCAACUGAUGUUUCACGUAUAUCCAUCAACCCAUUGCAGGCCCUCAAUAUCGCAUCGGAGAAAUCACUGAAAUUCUUCUCUUUUAUCGGUCGAGAUGAUGGGAAGCGGAUUGAAGGCGACGUUGAUCUCUACCCGGCGGAUGGAUCAAAUGCAGUACUCCACCUCGAAGGUAUGCACACGAAGCCUAUGGUCCCUCCGACAGAAGCCACCGAUUCCCAUAUCUUCUCCGAGACUGUGUGGGACUCGGCGUCUCCAGAUGCGAUGAUUGUCUCAGCCGAAACCGAUGAAAACUUCGACUUUGGCUUCGUGCUCGAGAGAGUAGCGUAUUACUAUUUGCGCAAUCUUACCAGUGGUACUACCGCUAAAGAUCGUGAGGACUGCGAAUGGUACCACAAAUCGCUUUUCAAUUUCGCAGAUACCAUGCUGUCCCGCGUCGCAAACGGUACUCACCCGUACGCAAAGUCGGAAUGGAUCAAUGACACCAGCGAGGAAAUUGUUGCCAUCAUCGAAAGUCAUCCGCAGAGCAUCGAUCUUCGCAUCAUGCGGGCUGUGGGCGAGAACAUCAUUUCUGUCGUACGAGGCAAAACCACCAUACUUGAGCCGAUGAUGGAAGACAACAUGCUGAACGAUUUCUAUGUUACUGGGCUAGGGAUGGAGGAAUAUCUCCGCAAGCUCACCGCUACUGCAAAGCAAAUUGCACACCGACAUCCGGCCAUGAACGUAUUGGAGAUUGGUGCAGGCACCGGCGGUGCAACAAAAUCCAUCCUGAGAGAGCUCGAUGAAGCCUUUGCUUCUUAUACCUACACCGAUAUAUCUGCAGGGUUCUUCGAAAAGGCGAAAGAAGUCUUCAAAGCACGCGAAUCCAAGAUGAUCUUCAAGACUUUAGACAUCGAGAAGGAUGUCAUUGACCAGGGUUAUGAAGAACACUCGUACGACUUGAUUAUCGCAUCUCUCGUGCUCCACGCCACCACCAAACUUGACGAAACAAUGACCAAUGUCCGACGACUACUUAAACCUGGUGGAUACCUUUUGCUUCUUGAAAUCACCGAUAACGAGCAGAUGAGGUUUGGUUUCAUCUUUGGCGGACUUCCAGGCUGGUGGCUUGGUCAUGAAGACGGACGUCCCUUGUCGCCCUGUAUCGAGGUCCCAAAGUGGGACGCUUUAUUGAAAGCACACGGCUUUUCAGGCGUCGACUCGGUGGCACCUCACAAGACCUCCGAGCCCCUUCCCCUAUGUGUCAUUCUUGGACAAGCAAUUGACGACCGCAUCGAAUUUCUUCGGAAUCCACUGGCAUCUGCAGAAGAAGGUUUCAAUCUUGCAGACAUCACUCUAAUUGGCGGUGCAACAGCCGCUACCUCCGGCUGCAUAUCCGCUGUCACCAGCACGAUGCAAGCUCGUAGUAACACGAUCACUCACGUGGGGGCUUUAGUCGACCUUGUUAACACCGAUCUUCCCUUUGGUGGUACUGUCGUUUGCCUGGAAGAUCAUGACGAGCCUAUAUUCAGAGAACUGAACGAAAUCAAACUCAGGGGGAUGCAAAAGCUUUUUGAGAGAAGCAAGAACGUCUUGUGGGUCAUCCGCGGCUACAAACAUGGCUCUUCGUACGCCAAGAUGGCAGUAGCCUUUGCGAGAUGUCUGCUUCAGGAGAUGCCCCACGUUCGACUUCAGUUCUUGGAUAUAUCUGAGUCUGAGUCCUUACAGCCCACUUUAAUUUCAGAAUACCUCUUGAGAUUCCUCGUUGCCGAGAAUUGGGAGGAGCAAGGUCGUCUGAACGGGUUGUUCUGGUCUCUCGAGCCUGAAGUUUCGCAUGAGGGCGGACAAGACUUCAUUCCCCGAGUCAAACUCAGCAAAACCCUGAAUAACCGCUAUAAUUCUGCACGUCGUCAAAUUUUCGAAGAAGUCGACCUAGCAGUUGCACCAAUUACCCUGUCCUUCGGAGAUGACAGCUAUACUCUCAAGUCCAAACGCGGCUUGGCUUUGAUCGAACCAACGUGUGCGGCAGGCAACAUCAAAAUCCGCGUUAGCCAUUCCCUUCUGAGAGCUGUGAAGGUGGGAUCCCACGGCUCUUUCCAUUUGCUCCUGGGUACGAACAUUGCAACUGGAACCCCGAUCGUUGCUUUAUCGAGCGACCUCUCUUCAGAAGUCGACAUACCAGAAGACCUGACGCAGCCGUGCACUCUAUCGAUUGAAGCCGCCAUCAAGUACCUUGUUGCUCUGUUCUAUAGCCUGGUAGCAUUCACAGCCCUCCAGCAUCUUGGUCGAGGCGAUUCGCUACUCGUUUUGGAGCCCACGGGAACCUUCGCUGCAAUCCUCGAAUCCGCUGCGACCCUCAAAGGCAUUCAAGUCGUGUUUCUUACAAAUGAUGCGAAGCUUGGAAGUCUUAGUGGGUGGAGAUAUCUUCCCUCUCGUGCGCUUAGACGAGACUUCGAUGCCAUUGUACCUCACCAGCUAUCACGAGUACUGUGCUGGGGCCACAACGACUGGACCUCUGUGAUCUGCAAACAUCUGUCCAGUCGUACUGCGAUCGAAUCAUCUGGUUCUUACACAACUACCGAGGCUUUGCAUACGCGGCCUAACAUGAUUCAUAAAGUAUCCGAAGUCUUUGAUCGUGCGCGGAUGCAGCUUUUACCCUUAGGUUCCGUUGUAGAGGUCGAAGAUGUACCAGUUAUACGUUUGACAGACGUGCAUGAAUUGUCCUCUGACAGCUCGGCGAUGACAUUGGUAGACUGGACGACUUGCUCACGUGUUCCAAUGGCAGUGGAGCCUGUUGAUGCGAGGGCCUUGUUUCGUAGCGAUAAAACCUAUUGGCUCGUGGGUCUUACUGGGGGCUUGGGUCUGUCUCUUUGCCGAUGGAUGAUCUUACAUGGCGCCAAACAUAUCGUCAUCUCUAGCCGAAGUCCUAAGAUCGACCCUCGUUGGCUGGACCAGUUCGUGUCGAUGGACGCUGUGGUCAAGGUACAUGCCAACGAUGUUACAGAUCGCGAAUCUGUCAGGUCGAUUUACAGCAAGAUCCAAGCCGAUAUGCCACCGGUUGCUGGUGUAUGUCAAGGUGCUAUGGUGCUACAGGAUACCCUCUUCCUCGAUCUUGACAUACCACGCAUGGAGAAAGUUCUAAAACCCAAAGUCAACGGGGCGAUAUACCUUGAUGAAAUCUUCCAGCACGAGAAACUCGACUUUUUCAUCAUGUUGUCAUCAAUGGCAGCUGUGACUGGCAAUCCUGGGCAAGCAGCGUAUGCCGCUGCCAAUAUGUUCUUGGCAGGUCUUGCUGCGCAACGGCGAGCGCGUGGUGUAGCUGGCUCAACCGUGAACAUAGGCGCUAUUGUGGGUAACGGGUAUGUCACCCGAGAGCUCACGCUAGCUCAACAAGUAGCCCUACAAAAAGUUGGCAAUAUGUGGAUGUCUGAACAGGAUUUCCAUCAGAUCUUUGCUGAGGCAGUGGUGGCCAGUCCGCCUCAACCAGGACCAAACCCGGAGUAUUGUACUGGGUUACGCGUCUACUAUGCCGACGAAGACGACAAACCAAAGUUUGCUAAUGAUCCUGUCUUCUCGCAUUUAAUGUUGCACAGAAACUUGUCUGGAUUGCUCACUACCAGCAACACUGCAAUCAUAUCGGUCAAGACUGAGCUGCUUCAAGCCACGACUGCUGAAGAGAUCUACGCGAUCAUGAGAGACUCUUUCGUGUUAAAGUUACAGGUAGCACUGCAACUAUCCCCGGAGUCCGAUGUAGUCGGUCAGACUGCUGAUGCCCUUGGCAUUGAUUCCCUGGUCGCUGUUGAUCUCAGAUCGUGGUUCAUGAAGGAGUUAAGUGUCGACAUGCCGGUAUUGAAGAUCAUCAGCGGUGCCACGAUUGAUGAGAUUCUUCAGCGAGCCCAAGAACUACUCGAUCCUGGGAUGACACCGGCGCUUGGAACCGAACUUACGCCAGAAAGGAAGGCAGCUCUCGAGCAGGCCAAAGCAGCCAAAAUGAGCGCACAGGUGGCUGUACCUUCAGGUGAAGCAAAGUUACCUGAACCAAAAACGGCAUCUGUCCGGGCUGAGCUAGUACCUCACAUGCCGACAAACCCCAAGUCAGCACCGACAUCCAGUACUCCGACAGUAACAGACUCCACAGUUGAGCGCUCUGUAACUGUACCCCCGAGAAUCGACACAAAGACAGUGGAAACGACCCGCAAAGCUAAUGGGUCAAAACCUGCGAUUCAUAACCGCACAUCUCAGCCUGCUCCUAUCAAAUCGGUGCAACAGCUUUCAAGUGCUGUAGACACAGCUGAGUCGAUUACUAACAAGACAUCAUUGCCGGAUCCGUCGCAAAUCACAAAACACCUACAAACCCCUUCUGCUACACCCUUUACUCCGACGAUCAUUGAAGACACCGACGCUCAUCUGACCAGCUCUGUAGAUCUGUCCAUCUCUCGGGAUGACCUAGAAGCUGGUUUCAGAUCUGUGCAAUCUCUGUCAACCACACCUUCCGAACCCGACAGGUCUGUCUUCCAUGCCACGGCUGUUUCAUCGGGCUCAUCAGUCUCCUCAUUUGACAAAAUCUCUCCCGCGUAUACAAAGGAGUCCGAGAUCUCAAGGACCCUUCCAAUGUCGUUUGGCCAAUCCAGGUUCUGGUUCUUACGCUCGUAUCUCGAAGAUCCUACUACGUUCAAUGUUUCAACGUCCAUCCAUUUACAAGGAAUUCUCGAUGGGGAUCGACUCGCGCAGGCCGUUGCAACGAUUGGUCAGCGUCAUGAGGCAUUACGCACUCGUUUCUUUACCGAUCAUGAUAAUCAACCUGCGCAAGCUGUUUUGGAGUGCACCGUCCUUCGACUGGAGCGUAAAAAUGCUUCGCCUGGCCGUGAUGUGACCGACACAUACGAUCAACUCCGCAAUCACGUAUACGACCUAGAGAAUGGUGAGACAAUGAGGAUUAUCUUGCUUGAGCUGUCACCACUAUCGCACCAAAUCCUCUUGGGCUACCACCACAUCAACAUGGAUGGCGUUAGCUUUGAAAUCUUUUUCUCCGAUUUGGAGAAAGCAUACAACGCCAAUCCUUCAAUCAACACUUCCGUUCUGCAGUAUCCCGACUUUGCGGUCAAACAGAGAAACGAAUUCGCCGACGGGAAAUGGAGCGAAGAGCUCGAUUUCUGGCGAGGACAGUUCCAAACUCUGCCACCGACGUUACCUGUACUUCCACUCGCACGAUCGACAUCUCGUGUAUCGCUUACGAGGUACAAUUCUGAUGUAACCUCGUAUCGGGUCACUCCGGCGCUAUCCUCCCAGAUACACGACACAUGCAAAAAGAUGAAAGUGUCGUCUUUCCAAUUCUAUCUCACUGUGUACAAGAUCCUUAUCACAAGAUUCGUUGAAGUGGAUGACCUUUGCAUUGGGGUCGCCGACGCCAACAGGAACGAUGCUGAUGUGCAGCAGAGCCUUGGCUGUUACCUCAAUCUCCUCCCUAUUCGGUUCAAUAAUCAAGCAUCUACAUUCAGUGAGGCAGUAAAGGAGACGAAGAACAAGGCGCAGCAAGCAUAUGCAAACUCAAGGGUGCCUUUCGAUGUUCUUCUCAAGGAAUUGAACGUUCCUAGGUCAUCGAGCCAUAGCCCAUUGUUCCAAGUCUUCCUUAAUUAUCGACAAGGUGUAGCUGAGAAGAGGACCUUCGCCGGAUGCGAUUCAGAGUGGGAUUCCUUCGACGGAGGGCAGACUGCGUAUGAUUUGAGCUUGGAUGUUGUUGAUAACGCUGGUGGCGACGCACUUCUCAGGUUGUUCUCGCAGACUGCAUUGUAUUCUGCCCGGGACGGAGAGCUUCUCAUGAAGAGCUAUGUCAACCUCUUGGAGGCGUUUUCUCGCAACCCUGCCGCCCGUCUGACUCGCCCUUCACUUCAUUCGAAGGAAGAUACUCAGAAAGGGCUGAUCGCUGGAAGGGGCUCGUAUCUCCCUCUAGAUUGGCAAGGUACCCUUGUCCAUCGUAUCGACUACAUUGCGCAGACACAUGAAUCCUCACCUGCUAUCAAAGACGGACUGGGUAACGAUCUCACUUUCGCGCAAACGAUACAGCGCGUCAACUCCAUUGGGGCCGCUCUUUUGGAUGCAAACAUCCCUGAUUGCUCUAAGGUCGGGGUAUUCCAGGAACCCUCGGCUGACUGGAUCUGUUCUCUGCUCGCAAUCAUGCGUGUCGGAGCAGUUUAUGUUCCUCUUGACCCACGAGUUACAACCUCACGUCUAGCAACGAUAGUAGAAGGUUGUCAACCAGCUCUCAUACUGUGCGACAACUCAACGGACAGGCAAAUUCCGGAGAUCAAGGCCAAGGGCAAGAUCAUCAACGUGUCGCAGAUCCAUUCUACAACUCGUACCGUCCCGAACGCUUCUAAGAGAGACUCGACGAUGGCCAUUCUGUACACCAGUGGUAGUACAGGUACACCCAAAGGUAUUGAAAUGAAGCACAGUAGCUUCCGUGACCAUGUAGAAACGGUGUCACGCAAGUGGAUCGCGUCCGUCUCUGGGAAGGUGGCCUUACAACAGUCUUCAUUUAGUUUUGACAUGUCUCUGGUGCAAAUCUUCUGGUCUCUCUGUUCUGGAGGCAGCGUCUUCGUCGUUCCACAAUCGGCUCGCGGAGACCCAGUCGCGAUUUGCAAACUUAUCUCAACGGAGAAGGUUUCAAUCACAGCAGCCACACCCUCUGAAUACAUCAACUGGAUUGACUAUGGCGAUGCCGACUCUCUCCGAGCAUCCCCAUGGUCCUUGGCUAUCUCAGGAGGCGAGACUGUCACAGAGCAAAUGGUGCUGGCCUUCGAUCAACUUCAGCUGCUGGACUUCAAAUUGAUGAACUGCUAUGGCCCAACAGAGAUCACAUUCUUUUCACAUGUCGCAGAGAUAGCCCUUGGAAAAGAUAGGGUAGGCUUUGUCGACUUUGUGCCUUGGGUUAAUGUUUCGUUCUACAUUGUCGAUUCCAAGCUCAACCCACUCCCAAUCGGCGUGCCCGGGGAAGUCGCAAUCGGGGGCAUGGGGGUCGCUUCUGGAUACUAUGAUAAGGAAGACCUGACCGCGGAGAGGUUUGUGCAUGAUCCUUAUGCCCCAGAGGAUUUCAUCAAUCAUAGCUGGAACAUUAUGCACCUUACCGGAGAUCGCGGGCGUCUGACGGCCAGCGGAACUCUACUCCUCGAGGGCAGAAUUGCAGGCGACACGCAGAUCAAGCUUCGCGGCCUACGCAUUGACCUCCAGGAAAUCGAGUCAGCUAUUGUCCAUUGUUCAGAGGGUAUAAUCCUCCAUGCUAUCGUGUCUGUACGACAGUCACGCGAAACCGAAGCAGAGCUGCUCAUCGGCCAUGUUGAGUUCUCUUCUUCCAGGACACCUACCGAUGUCAAUGCUUUCAUUGCGAAGAUCAUCGCUGACCUCCCACUCCCGCAAUAUAUGCGUCCGGCCACGUUGAUCGCGGUCGAUAAAAUCCCUCGGACUGAAUCCGGCAAGUUGGACAGGUUGGCUGUCAAAGCUCUGCUUCUCCCGCAGAAACAGCAAGGGACACUGGUUUCAAAAGACCUUAAUGACACAGAGUCCCGUCUACUAAGACUCUGGCGAGAUAUUCUGGCGGAGGACAUUCUUGGCAGUAGACCCGUCGACCAAGAGUCCGACUUCUUCCAAGUGGGAGGAACAUCAAUGCUUCUCACAGUCCUGAGGUCUCGUAUCAAGGAUACGUUUAUGGUUGACAUUCCUCUCGUGCAGCUCUUUGACGUGAGCACCCUUGGAAGGAUGGCAGCGCAAAUCCAUGCUGCCAUCAAUCCCAGUCGAGCUGAAAUUUCCGUGGACACACAAACUCAUAUCACAGCUCCACCUUCGACUCGAGCACCGGGAGUGCUUCCCAAAGAAGUCGUAGACUGGAACUCAGAAACAUCAAUUUCGACCACUAUCAUCCCAUCCACUGUACUUGGGUCAAAUGAGCCGCGGGUCGUCAUUUUGACUGGCGCAACUGGUUUCCUGGGAAAGAAGAUUCUGCAGCGAUUAGUUGAAUCACCUUCGAUCGAAAAAAUCUAUUGCAUCGCAAUCCGGCCAGACUACUCGCGGACGGAUGCGGUGUUCGCGUCUUCCAAAGUGGUGGUGUACAGGGGCGACCAGUCACUCUCCUUACUUGGCCUACCACCUUCCGAGGUCACACCGAUCCUUUCCGAAGCCGAUGCAAUCAUUCACAACGGAGCUGAUGUGUCGUUCCUAAAGUCUUACACUUCACUCCGGCAAGUCAACGUAUCGUCGACUAAGCAGCUUGCUAGCUGGGCAGUAGAGUAUGGUCUGCAGUUCCAUUACAUAUCGACCGCCUCAGUCGCAAACCUCUCAGAGAAAGAGAGCUAUCCGUCCGUCAGCGUACGGGAAUUCAAACCCGCAACUGACGGUUCCAAUGGCUAUAUAGCGUCCAAAUGGGCGUCCGAGGUUUUCCUAGAGGAAAUGAAUCGUGAGUACCUGAUGCCGCUUGUUAUUCAUCGGCCCUCCAGCAUUACUGGACCUGGCGCUCCCGAUACCGACGUCAUGGGCUCGCUGUUCAAAUAUUCCAAGCAAUUGCAAGCUAUCCCGCGCGCAAAAUACAUCGAAGGCUGGAUUGAUCUCAUCUCCUUGGACAGCGCCGCAUCUAUGAUCGUCAAGGUAGUGCGUCGUGGCAUCCAGAACUUGGAUGUUCAGUACGUAUAUGAGAGUGGCGAGGUACAGAUCAAAAGUACGAAGAUGAAGGAAAGCAUGGAAGAGCAGACUGGUGAAGAUAUCAAAGAGUUGAGUAUUGAAGAGUGGGUCAGGAGAGCUGAGAUACUGGGGAUGAACAGUAUGAUUGGAGCUUUCCUAUUAGGCAUGCAGGAUCAACCGUUGUUGAUGACGAAACCAGAGCGGGUCAUUGAGGAAGAAGAUUUGGAUGAUCUUCCAGAAUGCGUAAGGGCAAAGAUGGGCUUGUAAUGUGGUUGAGGGUUAUAUAAGGCUGUGUCAUCAGUCUCAAGUAUAGUCUUUGGUAAUCGCACAAGACGGUAUUGCAAAAUAGUAGUGCUCAGAUGGUAGCAUGAACACUACAGCAAG